UACUACUUUUAAUUUGUGAUUUAUUGGUGCAAAUAAAUUUUAUAGAUAAUUUUGUAAUUAGUUACAGUGUUUUUCACGUAGGUUAUUUGUCGCCGUGGUCGAACAAUCUACUCGCAACAUAACCUCAAAUGCUGUUUCCACUUAUUAAAGUUUUUCAAGCAAACAAUGCCCGACAUCAAGAUAACCCCUUUGGGGGCCGGUCAAGACGUGGGUCGCAGUUGUAUCCUUCUCACAAUGGGUGGUAAAAACAUAAUGUUGGACUGCGGCAUGCACAUGGGGUACAAUGACGAGCGCCGCUUCCCCGACUUCUCCUACAUAUCCCAAGAGGGCCCCCUCACCUCCUACAUCGACUGUGUAAUCAUCUCGCACUUCCAUCUCGACCACUGCGGGGCUUUGCCCUACAUGUCUGAAAUGGUGGGCUACUCGGGCCCCAUCUACAUGACCCACCCCACCAAAGCCAUCGCCCCCAUCCUCCUCGAAGACAUGCGUAAAGUCUCCGUGGAGAAAAAGGGUGACCAGAAUUUCUUCACCUCCCAAAUGAUCAAAGACUGCAUGAAGAAAGUCAUCGCUGUGACCCUCCACCAGUCUUUGAUGGUGGACAACGAGAUUGAGAUUAAAGCGUACUACGCGGGACACGUCCUGGGGGCUGCCAUGUUCUGGAUCCGCGUGGGGGCCCAAUCCGUGGUGUACACCGGCGACUACAACAUGACCCCCGACCGGCACUUGGGGGCUGCCUGGAUCGACAAAUGUCGCCCCGAUUUGCUCAUCUCGGAGUCGACCUACGCCACCACGAUCCGCGACUCGAAACGCUGCCGCGAACGCGACUUCUUGAAGAAAGUCCACGAGUGUAUGGACCACGGGGGCAAAGUCCUAAUCCCGGUGUUUGCCCUCGGACGCGCCCAAGAACUCUGCAUCCUCCUCGAGACGUACUGGGAACGCAUGAACCUGAAAGCCCCCGUGUACUUCGCCCUGGGGCUCACCGAAAAGGCCAACAACUACUACAAAAUGUUCAUCACGUGGACGAAUCAAAAAAUCAGAAAGACUUUUGUGCAACGAAACAUGUUUGAUUUCAAACAUAUUAAGCCUUUCGACCGCUCGUAUAUCGACAAUCCGGGCCCCAUGGUGGUGUUUGCGACCCCUGGGAUGCUCCACGCCGGACUCAGCCUCCAAAUCUUCAAAAAGUGGGCCCCCAACGAGAACAACAUGGUCAUCAUGCCCGGCUUUUGCGUGCAAGGCACUGUGGGGCACAAAAUCCUCAAUGGGGCCAAACGAGUCGAAUUCGAAAACAAGCAAAUCGUCGAAGUGAAAAUGUCCGUUGAAUAUAUGAGUUUCUCGGCCCAUGCUGAUGCCAAAGGAAUAAUGCAAUUAAUCCAACAUUGUGAGCCCCGAAAUGUGAUGCUUGUCCACGGCGAGGCCGAGAAAAUGGAGUUUCUCAAACAGAAAAUCCUCCAGGAGUUCAACAUCAAUUGUUAUAACCCCGCCAAUGGGGAGACUUGUGUUAUUUCAACCCCGGUCAAGAUCCCCAUUGAUGUCUCACUCCCGCUGCUCAAAUCCGAAGCGAGGAAGUUUAGCGCUUUGCCCCCCGACCCCAAACGGAGACGCACCCUCCAUGGAGUGCUCGUAAUGAAGGAGAAUAAUGUGUGUUUGAUGGAUGUGGAGGAUGCGUGCAAGGAGGCUGGGAUUAAUAGACACAUUAUUCGGUUCUCCUCUACGGUUCAUAUUAAUGAUACAGGACCGGCUUUAGCCACCGCACAUAAAUUGCACGUUUUUAUCAAAGAGAAUUUGCCACAAUGGUCGGUGACCUUCGCCGAAGGGGAGAUUUCAAUCGAGUCGGUUUUGGUCAAGGUGGAGGGGGAUGAAGACGAACAAAAGAACGUCUACGUCUCGUGGACCAAUCAGGAUGAGGAUCUAGGGAGUUAUAUUUUGAAUUUGUUGAAUCGAAUGGGACAAUAAUUUAUUUUUUGUUGAUA